GAAGUCGAGCCUAAGCAUUGUGCUCACCAUUCCAAACCAAAGCGCUUCUUACUCUUUCAUCUUAAGCAUUUGAGCUUGCAUCAAGAGUUCAAGACUAAGGAUGUCUUGCAACUGUGGAUCAAGCUGCGGCUGCGGCUCAAACUGCAACUGCGGCAAGAUGUACCCUGACUUGGAGGACAAGAGCGCCGCCACCAUCGUCGUCCUCGGCGCCGGGCCAGCGAAGGCACAGUUCGAGGAGGCCGCCGAGUCCGGUGAGGCCGGCCAUGGCUGCAGCUGCGGCGCCAACUGCAAGUGCAACCCUUGCAACUGCUAAGAUGCAAGCGGUCGAUGCGCUUGUGGUGAUCGUGCCGUGUGACAUCGUGUGAAUAAAGGAACAGGCGCCGGCCAUCUGGUCGGUGCUGUGGUGUGGUUUGCUCUUGGUGGUGUCGUGCGUUGUGAUGUCUGUCAUGUGACUUGUGAGACUGUUGCUACUUUGUGUUCGUGUGCGCGAGCCUGUGUACAUGUGUUUGUAAUGAUCCAUCUGAAGUGAAUAUGAAAAACAGGUUCGUGUAAACUGUGAA